CACACACACACACACACUCACUUAGACACGCGCACACACACAGGGAUGAAAAUGGGUGACUGCUGUGCUUCUCUGCUGUCAGUCAAAACUAAUAAAAAAUGAGUGAAUAAAUCAGCAGUCUUAGGAGUUUUAGGAAGAAGCGUGAGAAAAAAGUGUGAGCUGCAGUUUCCCCUGAGCUUCGCCUCUCAGGUUGUGGAAACCCACUUCCUUCACCGCCUUCACCUCCUUCAUAUCCUUCACUGUGGACUUGAACCUGCUAACAUGAUAAAAUAGGAAAGAAAACCAAGGCAUGUGAUUGGUGGAGCUGAUUGGAGGCGGACCACAGCCUGUGAGACUCAGUUCAGGGUGAGAUCAUCCACAAGUCCUCUCAGGGAGGAUGAGGAGGAUUAGAGCAGAUUACAGUUUAUAGCAGCAGCAGCACAAGAAGAGGAGGAAGAAGAAGAAAGCACAGAGACCAGUACAGAGACAGAGAAUAACCAGAACUAACAAGACUAACUGGAGCAAAGAGGACCAAACUGAUUUAACUGGACUAAUUGGGAAUCUAACUGGGAGGUGCUGGGUGGUGGAGGUGAAUUUUAAGGUGGGCUGAGCUGGGGAACAGGAAGAAGUCUGGAUGGACGGUUUCCAAGCGUACGGGGCAGGGAAGGCGGGUGGAGCUUUCGAUCCACUGAACUUCUUCAGGCAACCUCAGACUGUGGUGAGGAUCCUCUGCUGGCUCUUUUCCAUUGUCAUCCUUGGCUGUGUUGCUAACGAGGGUUACGUUAAUCGUCCCGAAGAGGUUGAAGAGUUCUGCAUCUUCAACCGCAACCAGAAUGCCUGCAAUUACGCCAUUUCCAUGGGAACGCUGUGUUUCCUCUGCAGCACUGCUUUCCUGGCACUGGACGUUUACUUUCCUCAGAUCAGCGGUGUGAAGGACAGGAAGAAGGCCGUCAUGGCUGACAUCGGAGUGUCAGCUCUCUGGUCUCUGGUCUGGUUCGUGGGGUUCUGUUUUCUGGCCAAUCAGUGGCAGGUUUCCAAAGAAGAAGACAACCCUCUGAACGAAGGAGCCGAUGCAGCCAGAGCCGCCGUCAUCUUCUCCUUCUUCUCUGUCUUCACUUGGGGAGGUCUCACUCUGCUGUCACUGGAGCGUCUGAAGAGGGUCUCAUUUGAAGAAGAAUACAACAAACUGUUCAGCCCACCACUUGCCUGAAACACACACACACACACACACACACACACACACACACCCUAACUUCAACUCUUUCCUUCAGUCUGUCAGAGAUGGGUCUUCCUCUGCUUCCUGUUUCCUCAACAGCUCGGUUUAACUGGCUAAUAUCAGUGUCAAUCAUCAAAAGUGCCUUCCUGUUGCUAUGGUGAUGUUGGUAAUGAUGAUGUUUUCUUCCUUAGAUGUGUAAAAGCCAACUUAAAAACUUCAUGCGACAUUGCAUUGUUGGUAUCAAUAUUAUUAUUAUUACUGUUAUAGUGAUGUCACCAUGCGUAAGAUGACAUCAUCAUAUAUGUUGAUGAACAAUGACAUAAUGACAUAAUGAUCAAUGAUGAAAUGUGAAACAAAGAUUAAAGUUGUGCACUGACACAGAGUCGAUGGACACUGCUGCCCCCUGCUGAAACCAGUUAUUAUUAUACACCAUUAGAUAACAUGAGCUGUGAUAGCAGACAUUAGCCAACAUCAGCUGUCAUUAACUGUGAUAGCUGACAGCCGUGUGACAUGGCGUGUCAUGCUGGAAGUUGCCAUUGGAAGAUGAGAACACUGUGGACAUGCUCAGUAGCAAUACUCAGGUAGGCUGUGGCAUUAAAACGAUGCUCAGAUGGUACUGUGGAGUCCAAAGUGUGCCAGCAAAAUAUCACCCACACCAGCAGUAGUAGAAAUCAGUCAAAUCUGGCAAUGCUUUUAUUCUCUUCUGUUGUCCAGUGUUGGUAAUCUGGUGCCAACUGUAGCCUCACUUCAUUCUGAUUCAGAUAUAUUAAAUAAUAUAAAAUAAUAACCACUAACUCCAACAAACAGGAAGUGAUUUUCAACCCAGAUGUUGCCUGAUGUUUUCAGAUUCUCAUCUCUUCUCAGAUUUAAGUUAUGCACAACAGAAAAUAUACAUUAAACAUAAACUUACAUCAAAGUCAGUCUGCUUCCCCCAAAUCAAUAUAUUCAGGACAAUAUCUCCAUGUUGUUCAAUUCUGGCUGCUUUUCACAGUACAGCUGAACACAGUGCAUUUUGUCCAGUUUAAAUGUAUGUAACAUUUCAGUCUAAUAAGGAUCAUAAGAUUUUAAUCUCAGUGGGACUUCCUAGUUAAAUAAUUAAAUAUAAAUAUAAAUAAAUUAAUAAAUCAAUAAAAACAAGAACUCAGACUUCAUCUGCAAAAAUUUGCAUGGAAUAUUCCUUUAACUCAGCUCUUCUAUUGGUUCUUGGCUGCUUCUUUUUGUAAGAAAGUCUUUUUUGUCAGCUGGAGGUGAUAUUUAUUUCUUAGUGAAGUCAGACACUGUCAAUAACAUUUCAAAGUUUGAAUCAUCUGUGUGUCUGCAGGCUGUCCUGUGUCUACUGGCCAUCCACAGAUUUAAACUGGGAGCUGAUUCUGUCACAUUCAGUCAGGAGUAUGUCGACCCCAACCAACAGGAACCUUUGGGCGAGGUCACGCCCACUGAAGACUAGAGGGGCGGGGCCUCAAGACAGAUGAACAUAGUGUAGUUCAUAGGAUGCUUUCAUUCACUGAUCCUUGACUUGAACUACAGCUGCACAAUCUGUGACAGAGGUAAAAAAAAUAGGCCAAUCAAAAUCAGGGCUUUGGUCUCUCCAUUGGCAGCCAAUCACAGUCCAGAACAGUGUAGAGGCUUUAAAGUUUUAUGUUGAACUCACACAGGUAGGUGGUGUUUCUUAAGAAUAAAACCUGGAUCAGCCUGUGAGCAACAUAAGUUCAUUAGUGAGCCAGCGUUUGCCUGUUAGCAAUGAAGGUCAAAAGCCAAUUAGCUAACAUUAGCCUUUUAACGAUGUCAGACUCCUGAAAAGUUAUGGAUCACAGACAGAAAAUUAUCUGUUAGACAAGACAAGACAAGACAAGACAAGACAACUUUAUUUGUAUAUCCCAUUUUUACAUUGUAUAGCCCAUUUUUGUUACUACUGAGAUAUUACUCACUAGCUCUGUAGCUAAUUUUAGCCCCCGUUACACAGCUAAUGGCACUGCUACAGUACCGUUUAGCCAACAGAAUAAAUUGGAGCUAAUGUACUGUUUUGUUAAGCUAGCUGUUUGCAUAAAACUAACUAAACUACUAACUUUUUGAGUUAUUUUUUGUUUUUUAUUGACUGAUCAACCAUGAAAGAAGACUGUUUUCACACUAAAACUCAAUGCUAAAUGCUAAACAUUUGGGACUGAAGGACUUUGUUCUGAACAACAAAAAUUAUAACAAAAAAAAUGCGGGCUCUCCUGCUGGUUAGAGGAGGAAACUAACUUAAAAACAACAAAACAACUAAAUGUUUGCUUGUCAACAAACAAACACACUCAAUUAAAUGGUGCUGCACUUGUUUUUUAUCUGAUGUAGCUUUAGUUUGUGGUGAGCAGAGAACAUUUGCUCAGUUCAGCUUGUGGUAUUUCUUGUGGUAUCUAUGGUUUGUCUGAUAAUAAAGUUGGUUAAAGUCUGUAGUCAGUUUGUUUGAAUAAUUUUAUUUAGCACAUGUAACAUAAAAGUGCUGCUCUACACCACCUUCAUUAUUUCCAACCAGUACAUUUAUUUAUUUAUUUGUAGCUCCAAGGUGUCUGUGGGCCCUGGUUGUCUCCUGGGUGUCCUGGUCAGUCAGAGUGCAGAGUCAUGCAGUCUGAGUCUAUUUGACUGAAGGUUUCUGCUCUAACACUUUGAAGUUACACCAAACUCUGCCAACAUUCAACACAUAUAACCCCCUCAUAUUCAGGUUUGAAACAUUAAAAAC